AGAGGCAAAAUGCAUUCUGUUUUAACGCCCAAAGAAGGUGCAAGCUUACCCCUUGUGAUUUCAAGUGAAGAUUUCUAAUUGUGUACGAGAUAUUGUCGGGAUGAGUUUUGCGGACUAUUCGCAGACGGCUGAGGACCACCAGAGCUUCCUUAUCCUUGUUCGUCACACAGGUGAAAAGCUCAGUUCAAAGACUUUCAACAGAACCUGGGAGAGAAUUAGGAAACUCAGGUGUGUCAAAGUUCCUGGGCAUGACCGAAGAAUUUAUCUCCGUUUCAAGCGGGCUUACCCCAUAGAAAAUAAUGAAUGGGGAGACUUUCAGGCCCAUCGUAAAGUCCUGGGGUUGUUAUCUGUGGGCAGCUGUUUAGACGUCACUGAAUUUCAGGAAUUGUUCGAAAGGUACAAGAAGGUCAAGGAACAGUAUUCUAGUACGAUUUUCAACUCGCGGCUGAUUGUGUUUGGUAUGAACAGGGAUGGCACGCCUUUGCAGGAUGCUAGUUUAACAAAUGGAGAUGACGAUGGAAGUGAGGUUUCUGAAAGUGACGACACUGAUGGAAAUGAGCCAACGGCUAAAUUCACUAUCGGAAGUAUCACGCCGGAUACCGAAGACGAAAGCAAAGUGCCCAAAGAGAACAAGCAUGAGGCACCCAAAACUGCAACUAACAAUGAUUCUCGACGCGUUCCUUUAGCGAAAGCAGAGUCUUUUGACAGUCCAAGUUCACCUGAAAAUCCAGAAGGUAGUUUUAUCAAUGGACAACAUGGCACAAAGAGUAUUACCGAUGUGAAGGUGAAAAUGGGCUCAAAUCGAACAGUUGAUACUGCUUCAAGCGGGGCUGGCGCAAGAAGUGACAUGGCAAAUGGGGGCGUGUCUAAAUCGGGACGGCCUCAUAGUAACAGUUUAACAAAAGACUCCAGAGGAGCAGAAGUUGUGUUUUACCCAAGUACAAAGCGGUGUGCAGAUCUUGAGGAGAGAUUACAGGAGUUUGCUGCUUCCCUGUUCUUUGUAUUAGAAAGCAAACGAUUGGAUAGGUCAUUCGAACGUUCGGACAAAAUGCAGUUGCUGUGUACGCCAUUCGAGAAGAAAGAUUAUGUUGGUGUUGACACAGACACAAGGUCAUUCAAACGUCGUUGUCAAGGACGACUGAGGAAGCACUUAGCAGAUCUCUCUCUACAGGCGGGGUUGCCAGGGGAGGCAAUCCUGCAUUACCAAACUGCCCUCGACAUGCUUAAGUCAGUUAACGACUGGCUCUGGAUUGGAGGUUGUUAUGAGGGCCUGUCCUCGGCAUCUGUAAUACUGGCAUUCCCCCAGACGGACGUGUCUCCACUGAAGAGGAACUUUUCAUUUUCUGUGAAGAGGGCCGUAUCUUUGAAUGAUUCCAAAAUGAAAGGAGGUGGUAACAACAGCAUGCCUAACGGAAUGGACCUUACACGAGAACCCAAGAGUGGCAUCAACCCUGAUGACAUCAUAGAUAAGUACCGAGAAGCACUUGUCAAUUACAGCAAGUUUAAACAAGCUGGAGUCAUUGAAAUGGAGGCUAGUCUGAAAGCUUGUAGAAUUCUUAUUUCACAAAGGAAAUAUCUGGAGGCUUCAGAUUUUCUCCAAAAUGUUGUUUAUGUUAAUGUUCAGUCCAUGGAAGAAGAUAAGGUUCAGAAAUACUCUUCCCUGUCCACGCUGUACACACAAAUAGGUUUCCACCGGAAGGCGGCGUUCUUCAAACGCAUUGCGGCGAUGCAGUGUGUAGCGCCGCAGAUUGCCACACCUUCAUGGUAUCAGUGCUACACACUUUUGCUACAGGCAAUCAAUGGCUUCAGCAUCUCCCUGGAUCCUAAGGAAUUUCUCGCAGGUGGCCCCACUGGCUGGCCAGUCCUACAGCUGAGAGUUCUCAAUGAGUUGGUGUUUUCUGCUCGUAAGAUGGGAGAUCCUCAGUUAAUUAUAAGGCAUAUGGCAUUUCUCUUACACACGAUGCAUGACCACUUAAGUGCUCAAGAUAUGAGGGAAGCAGUCAGUACCUUAGAGAGUUUCACAGCUAACUGUGAAGGCACACCUCACCCCCUGGCUGUAGAGAAUGGACUCAUCCUGCCGCCUGUACCAAUGACACAUCUGCCCACGGUCAAAAGUUUCAAGCCCCUCCCACUUCACCCCCAUCUGGAGCCUCAGAAGAUGUCGCAGAAAACCCCUGUGUUUGAGAUCAAGUCUGACAACCCAUUCAUCUACUCACCAUUCACAUCAAACACCAACACCAACAACAACAACGCCACGCCAGGACGAGCUAAGGCAAUGAUGGACUUCAUGUGGGUAGCUGGGGACUCGUGUGAAGUUGCUCUUCAUUUGUCCAAUCCAAUGGCUGACGAUCUCAAAAUAACUCACAUGGGUUUGAUAACGGAAGGGGUUGAGUUUGACACGUUCCCAUCGACACCCUCCCUCCCCGCCGAGUCGGGCCCCUGUCUGGUGAAGCUAGUGGGCAUGCCUAAGGCUGCAGGGGAGCUCAGUAUUACAGGUUACAGUACACAUGUGUUUGGGGUGAGGAGUUUCUGUAAGCUGAAGGACAUUCCACGUAUAGAGAAUUCAGCAUUCCAGGUGGAAGUAGUCCCUAGCCUCCCUCACAUUCAGUUAACCACCUCUCUUCCGAAAGCCGCAAGUUUCUUCUCAGCACCAGAGGGAGCUAAUAUAGUUACCAGCGGAACUACGGCAUUACAUGCGGGUCAAAGUCAAGAGUGUACAGUAACACUGCAGAAUGUGGGUAAUCUACCUGUGGAUCUGAUAGACGUCACACUGGAGGAUAAAUACAACACAGGAAUCUUGGAGACGGUGUUCAGCUGGAACAAAGAGAACAUCAUAUCCCAGCUUCCUCUCCAGCCAGGUUCUGUUGGCUGCUUUGCUGUCUGUAUCCAUGGCACGAGUGAUUUUAUAUCCAAUCAGGGCACAGAUGACGAUGUUGUGGUAUCUCCUGCUCGGACAUUUUGGGGAUCUAGAAAUGUUCGCUCUGGCACAGUUACCUCCCUUGAUGGAAGCACCUCUGACACAGUGUGCCUAGAGACUGUGAUACGUGUACAGUACAGUGGUGGUGAGGGUCUGGAGGCUGGUUACUGUCGUCACAGCUCUGUGGGACUGAGUGUAGACAUCCAACCCUCUCUGGCUUUCUCCAGGUGGGAUGUUCAACCUGCUGACAGCCCUGAAAUGUGUUUCUUGGUGUUGGAUGGCAGAAACGAGAGUCGUCAUGACAUGGAGGUUAGGUAUGGAGUGGACAACAGCAUUGUGAUAGAACCAAACCAAGUGCGCAGGUUUGCUGUAAAGAUGCGCCGUAUUAACUUCCCGGAUCUCCAGGGUAAAGACCUGUAUACCACAAAUCUGGUUGGUCCAGUCCAUGCAGAAGGGGCGGGAUCAAGCCUGUUGAGUGACAGCGAGGCCCUGAAACACAGCAGUCUCAUAGCAAGCUACGUGGACAUACAAUGGACAGUUCCAAUACUCAGUGUGAGUGGCCAUGCCUCACUGGAUUACCUCCCUUGGUCAUCAGCCCAACUUGCUAUUCUCCAGGCCUCUCCUCUACACUGGGAUGUGACGCUCAACUCGAAAACGUAUGAGCCAUCUUGUGGUGUUGAGGUCAGUCAGGGAGAACUGGUCAGCCUAGACGUCCAGUUAACAACAGACUCAGAUAUCCCCACUAUGGAAGGUGCCUUGCUGCAUAUUGUCUGUUACCAAGACAACGGGAAUGGAUACAGGGAAUAUAACACUGAAGAGAAAGUUGUUACCAUGGGAACAAACAUUAUUCCAUUGUCAGAGAUUGCCUCUGAGGAUGGUUUUAAGCACAGCUGUGAUUUUGUCUUCUUGACGGGAGGAGAAUACUUGCUGGAAGUCAGGUGCAUUAUGGGUAACUGUGAUCCAGGAAGUGAGUUGGCGGGAAAACCGGACAGAUGGACUCUCCUUCCUGCACCAAAAAUAAUUGUUUGUGAAACCAGUGGUAACCAUAGCAACGAAAGGCCAAGGUCAUCAGAUCCUUCAGGGUCAAAGGUCAAGGGCAGUGUGCAAUGUUUGGAAGAGAGAAGCAUUUGCUUUCCUAAGGAAAAUGAAUUGCAUUCCGAAGAACAUUCUCAAAAUUCACAGCAAGAGCUGAACACUUGAGACUGUGUAUGUGCUUUCAAGGUUACAGGCAUUUACAACAACAACCAAAAUGAAAAGCUGUGGUGAUCAAUCCGAUUUUUUGUCAGCGAUACCAUUCAUGAAAAUUCAUGUGUUUUAGGUUUACGUGAGGCGACAUUUUGCCAGUGCAGAAUUACACACUUUAGAUUCGUAUUUCUGAUUAAAUCCCUUCAUGUAGGAAAAAGUCAUGCUCCAUUAUGGAAUGAUUUUACAACCGAGGCGUGGCCUCCACGGCUAGUUAGAAUGUGCAGUGACCCAGGAGCCUCUCAUGAAUGCAGUCACUGAGAGUUCAAAGCCCAGUUCAUGCUGGCUUCCUCCCAGGCCGGAGUGUGCCCGGUUGCCUCCCACAAUAAUGCUGGCUGUUGUCGUAGAAGCUAAAUAUUUUUGAGCACAGCGUAAAACACCAAUCAAAUAAAUAAAUAAGUAAACACAACUGAAGCUGCAGUACUAAUUGUUGGCCUUAGUGAAAGGUGUAGUUUAUUUUUUCCAACGACGUCGGGAGACAUUCAGCAGUGUGCACCCUCUGCCCUCAGAGACACCUUCUUUUUAGCUGGGUAGGAAAUCACAAGCUGCGGCCAACAUGCAGUUGGAAUUACAUGCAAAUUAGCAAAUUCUUUUUAAGCUAAAUCAACAGAAUUACAUUUCAAAAUCCAAAUUGCCUUUUUUCGGAAUGGUCAGUGGAAUGUAAGUCUGAACGUAAAAGUCAUUGAUAUUUAGCUCCAUUACCUUCAGGACUUUAGUUUGUUGAGCCUCAAAAUGUUGUGUGUUCAGAAGCCAACAUACAGAAAAGGACAACCAAGGGCAUCCCAGUCCAUGGCAGCAAAAAUAGCAACGAUGGAUCUGUAGUAAACUCGUUGCACAAGUACCUUGCGAUUUCCCACCCAGUUCAAGCAGAAUGUGUACACGGAAUAAUGAAUAGAAUAAUACUCAGAAAAAAAAAUGACAGUACCCUAAUUGCUCAACCUUUUUGUAUAUGAAAGAACCAUUUUCAGCGCAAUUUAUGCAUAUUUCCAAUUUGAUUUUGGAGACAAAACUACAUUGAUUGGAUUGGCCAGUUUCAGGGCUUCACAAGGAGUAUAAUUCAGUCAUCACAGAAUAAAGGCUUCAGAAUAUGCUUUAAUAUACACCUUGCAAACAUGCGAAAAGGUUGAAGAAUUACAGGAAGUGUGAUUAUGUAUGUGUGAAGACAGAUUAACGAACUGCUCUCGUUUGUCAGCCUGUGUAAAGUUAAAACGUUCAAACUUUUUAGGCUGCUAUCUAUAACUAUAAUCUUAUGGUAGCCUUGAUUUCCUGCUAAUAUAGCCUUGAUUUCCUGCUAAUGUAGCCUUGGUUUCCUGCUAAUGUAGCUUUGGUUUCCUGCUAAUGUAGCCUUGGUUUCCUGCUAAUGUAGCCAUGAUUUCCUGCUAAUGUAGCCUUGAUUUCCCAU